AUGCGAACAAGAGAUGCAGGGGCCACACGACUUGAUGUGUUUUCAGUGGAUAAUGAAAAACUGCAGGGUGGAUUCAUGUUGUGUUUCCUGGAUGAUGGAUGCGGCAUGAGCCCUGAGGACUCUUCAGACAUCAUAUACUUUGGAACCUCCAAGAAGCAGUUAUCCACCUUGAAGUUCAUUGGGCAAUAUGGAAAUGGGCUGAAAAGUGGGUCCAUGAGAAUUGGCAAAGACUUCAUUCUUUUUACAAAGAAGGAAGAAACGAUGACCUGUCUAUUUUUUUCUCAGACUUUCUGUGAAAGAGAAGGCCUUACCGAGGUUGUAGUUCCCAUCCCUUCAUGGAUAACAAAAACCAGAGAAUCUAUCACAGAUGACCCCCAGAAAUUCUCAACAGAGCUGUCUAUAAUUUAUAAGUACUCCCCAUUUAAAAAUGAAGCAGAGCUGAUGCAGCAAUUUGAUAUGAUCUAUGGAAAAUGUGGUACUUUGCUAAUUAUUUACAACUUGAAGCUUCUUCUUAGUGGAGAACCAGAAUUGGAUGUGAAAACUGACAAGGAAGACAUCCUGAUGACUGGGGCUCUGGAGGACUUUCCAGAGAGAUGCUCAUUCAGAGCCUACACCUCUAUUCUGUAUUUUGACCCAGGGAUGAGAAUCUAUAUCCAAGCAAAAAGAGUUCAAACAAAGAUUCUAUAUCAUUGCCUCUACAAACCCAGAAAGUAUCUCUAUGUCACAUCUUCCUUUAAAGGUGUAUUUAAAAAUGAAGUAAAAAAGGCGGAAGAAGCAGUAAAGAUCGCUGAACUUGAGUUGAAAGAAGCACAAAUCAAAACAAGCCAGCCUAACAUGAUUUCUUUGCCUUCUGCCAAGAAUGUGUUACAGAAAGCUUUGGAAGAUGUAGAAGCAAAGCGUAAGAAUCUUAAAGAGAAACAGAGAGAAUUAAGAAAAUCAAGAACACUUUCCCUGUUCUUUGGAGUAAACAUAGAAAACCAAAGCCAAGCUGGAGUGUUCAUUUACAGUAACAACCGUUUGAUCAAAAUGCAUGAGAAAGUGGGCCCACAGUUGAAACUGAAGUCCUUACUUGGUGCAGGUGUGGUUGGAAUUGUUAACAUACCUUUGGAGAUCAUGGAACUAUCCCAUAAUAAACAAGAAUUUCUUAAUGUUCAAGAAUAUGACCAUCUACUAAAAGUCAUGGGACAGUAUUUGAUCCAGUAUUGUAAGGACACUGGAAUGAGCAACAGGAAUCUAACAAUGUUUUGGAAUGACCUUGGGUACCAACAUAAUAAGGACCUAGAGAAAUCCUCAGAGAUUCAGUACCAAAGGAGACAAGCCAUGGCCAUUCCGUUCAUGAUGCAGUGCGAUCUUUGCCUUAAGUGGAGAGUCUUACCGUACCCUACUGAUUUCCAGAAAAAGGAAUUUCUUGACGCGUGGAUUUGUGCUAAUAAUCCUAACCAUUCGGAAAACAGCUGUGAUCAGGUAGAAUGGCUUCCUUCAAUCCCCCUGGGUACCAUGAACACAGCAACAUCAUCCAAAAGUGAGAGAGAGAAGCAGCUGAGAGAGUCCAUCCAAAGGUAUCAGAAUAAGCUGGCAGAAAUGAAGCCACAGCUUCAAUUUAUAUCAUCAAGUAAGAUCUCAGGAACCACCUCCACCUUGUUCUCUUCAGCUCCUAAGGAUAUUACCAAAACUCAGAAACUCAGGAUUGCAAGUGAUAGCUUGAGGCCUGGAUAUCUUUCCUCCCUUGAGUUUUCAGUCAACCACAGAGACCAAAAAAGAAAUCCAGAAGGUACAGAUUUGUAUAUAGAGCAUGUUUCCAAAACCAAGAUAGUGAAGAAGUCUGUCAGCAAACCCCAGCAGCAAAGAGAAGCAGAAGCUCUGCCAGAAAAUGUCAAACUAGCUCAGAGGUCCCAGAUUGCUAAUAUAAGCACAGUGUCUGCAGAACUCAACCAAGUGAAGAGCUCUCAGAAAAAUAAGAAAGUUGUAGGUGCCGCAGUCCCAAGGAUAGAUUAUUCUGAGAGCAUGGGCCAUUUGGGGUCAAGAGUAGAAAGGGUGCAUCUGUCACGGAGAGCCAAGCAAGUCUCUUGCUGGGGAAUAAAAAGGGAGCCAAGUAUCAGCCUCACACAAGAAGGUCAAGUAUUGGUUGAUGCUGAAUCCAGCAACAACAAUCAAGAUAUCAUCGUGAUUCUGGAUGAAGAUGACACUGAUGUUGCCUUGAAACAAGAAAAACAGGAGAUUCCACUUUUAAGCAGAGAAAAAAAGCAGUACAAUGGUAUUCCAGCAAUAAAAGGAAAAUCUUCAUUGCUUAACCAGAAAAGCUUGCCCAGGGUGCCAAGGGAAGAUAUUAGUCCAAGUUCUGGACAUGAAGCUAAGGUUUCUGUGAGUGUUGGUGACCAUGUUUCUUCUUCACUAAUGACAUUGUCUCAGAGCACAUCUGUCAAGGAAAUAGUGAGAAAACUCACAUCUAAUUUAAGGGAAAUUCUUCAGUAUUUUGUUCCUGACUGUCAGCUACCACCAGGAUUUGAAUACACAUCUGUAGAAGAACUUUUGGAAAAUUCUGAGCUGGAGCAAUGCCCAGAACAGAAAAACAAAAAGCUGAAAGUAUGUUUCAACCAGAUCCAGAAUGUAUACAUGGUCCAUUAUGAAAAAAAGCUAAAGAGAAAAAUUCAGUCCCUCAUUUAUGAUGUGAACAGAAAAGCAAUACUUACUGAAAUCUCUUGGGGACAAUGUGAAGAAAAAAGGAAGAAAGCUGAGUGUAAACUUAAUGACCUUCGUAUGAAAGCGGUGGUGCUGCUGCAGAAGCUUCAGCUGGGUUGUCCAGUGGGUGACCUGGAACAGAUUGAUGCUUAUUUAGAAUCUUUGCUUCAAGAAGAUAAUCGACUUUUCCGGAAGACUUUAAAUAAGGAGUUUCUAGAUGCGGGACAUUAG